CCGCCUCCAGCCAGGAUGCUGAUGCUGAGGAGACUGUAUCUCCUCAGUCGCGACUGAACCUUUGUGCAUUUCUUUGUCUGGUACUCUUUCUCCCUGGAAUAACCCUAACGUAACACUCGCGAAGUCGGUAAAGACAAAGAAACGACGAUGUCUGACAGAGGCGACCUGAAGGCUGAACUUGAGCGCAAAAAACAGCGUCUUGCCCAAAUACGAGAGGAAAAGAAGAGAAAAGAGGAGGGGAGGAAAAAGAAAGAGUCUGAGGAACAGCAAAAGGCAGAGAAUGCAUCAGAGGAUUCCGAUUUGGACCGAAAGCGGAGAGAGACGGAGGCUCUUCUCCAGAGCAUUGGAAUCUCACCUGAACCUCCUUUAGUGCAGCCGCUGCAGCCUUUAACAUGGGAUGCCUGUUAUUUUCAUUAUUUAGUCCCAACCCCUAUGUCUCCCUCUUCGCAAUCAGUGAGCACGUCCAGUGAGGCUGGUAGCCAGGAGUCGGUGGACGGAGGGGCUGUAGCCAGAUAUAGGACUCUGCAGUGGGACACAGACCCCUCAGCUUUGCAGCUCCUGGCUGACUCGGAACACGGGUGUAGAAUGCGGAGGCUCGGAGCAUCAAAGAUUGUUCAGAUUGAUUACAUGCCCAAAGAACUAGUGACGUACUGUAAAGAGACACAGACCCCGAUAGCGCCUCACCUCUCUGAAGAAGAAGAGGAGGAGGAUGAAGAGCUCACAGUAGUGAAGCCAAAACUGGAGUCUGAUGAACUGGAGGAUGACCCUCCAGAGGGUAGGCAGGAGCACCCUAGGGAGCUCACCGAGGAGGAAAAGCAGCAAAUCGCUCACUCGGAGGACUUCCUCGUCUUCUUUGACCGCAGCAUCCGGGUGGUAGAGCGAGCGCUGGCCGAAGACUCCGAUAUUUUCUUUGACUACAGCGGCCGCGACAUGGAAGACAGGGAGGGGGACAUGCAAGCCGGAUUAAAUCUGUCUUUCAACCGACAAUUCUAUGACGAGCAGUGGUCAAAACGUCGAGUUGUCACCUGUCUGGAUUGGUCUCCGCAGUACUCUGAGUUGCUGGUGACGUCCUAUAAUGCCAACGAGGACGCCCCCCAUGAGCCUGAUGGAGUUGUACUGGUCUGGAACAUGAAGUUUAAGAAGACAACUCCAGAAUACAUAUUCCACUGCCAGUCCUCUGUGAUGUCAGUUGGCUUUGCACAGUUCCAUCCAAACCUGGUGGUGGGAGGCACCUACUCAGGGCAGAUAGCGCUGUGGGACAAUCGAAGCCACAGGAGGACUCCAGUACAAAGGACGCCUCUCUCUGCUGCUGCCCACACUCACCCAGUCUACUGCGUAAACGUGGUGGGGACCCAAAACGCCAACAACCUGAUUACAGUGUCCACAGACGGCAAGAUGUGUUCCUGGAGCCUGGAUAUGCUCUCGCAGCCACAGGAGAGUAUGGAGCUGGUGUACAACAAGUCCAAGGUUGUGGCUGUCACUGGGAUGGCCUUCCCAGCUGGUGACGUGAACAACUUUGUGGUGGGGAGUGAGGAAGGGACUGUGUACACAGCCUCCAGGCAUGGCAGCAAGGCCGGGAUUGGUGGGAUGUUCGAGGGCCACCAGGGGCCCGUGACUGGUAUCAGCUGCCAUAAUGCUGUGGGCACCGUAGAUUUCUCCCACCUCUUUACCACCUCGUCUUUUGAUUGGACAGUCAAACUGUGGUCCACCAAACAUAACAAACCACUCUAUUCCUUUGAGGACAAUGCUGACUACAUCUACGAUGUCAUGUGGUCUCCUGUGCAUCCGGCUCUCUUUGCCACAGUAGAUGGAAUGGGUCGCUUAGAUCUCUGGAACCUCAAUAAUGACACGGAGGUUCCUACUGCAAGUGUGACAGUGGAGGGCUCGUGUGCCCUGAACCGGGUCAGAUGGGACUCAGGGGGCCGGGAGGUGGCAGCAGGUGAUUCAGACGGAAGAGUCUGGGUCUACGACGUCGGAGAGCAACUGGCCAUGCCCCAUCCGGAUGACUGGAGCCGACUCGCCCGUGUUCUCGCAGAGAUCCGCGUGAACGCAGACAGAGAAGAGGAAGGUGGAGUAGAAGUGACUGGUUGAGAGCACAGCAGUGUCGCAAAGGCAGCGUGCACAUACAGAUUUAAGAAUUCCACAAGAGAGCUAUAAGAGCAGGAACCAGAUUUCAACGUUGGGGUCCAUUAUGAAAGAAAUUAUGAACUGAUCAGUAAUUUAUUCAGAGUGUACUUACAUUGUUGAAGGUUUUACAUUACUUUCUCUUAAUUUUUACAAAACAUUAGUUCAAAAACAAUUUUUUGUUUAUGUGCUAAGACACCAGGCGGCAAUAAGCAAUAAAUUAUUUUCAUUGAUUAUGCAAAUUAAACACCUUUUAAAAUGUCCAAAAGUGGUGUUUAAUAACACAACAGUUAUUAUAAUUUUCCGACCUAACUACUGUCAACAUUUAACACCUUAUUUACAGUUUCCUUUACUUAAUUAUUCAGAUCACUAAGAAAGUGGUUGAUUAGAUCUGUGAGCAUUUUUACACUGGAACUUCAUUUUCAUUAAUUCAGUUUUGUUGUUGUAUCUAAACUGUUGAGUACAUGAGAUGACCUUAGCCCUGCCAAAUAUAAACUGACAGCAUCACAUAUCAAGUUGCUGUGAUCACA